AUGCCCUUGUAUGAACUUGUUUAUUUAGUAAAUGCUAAAGCUGCUUUACCUACAGUGGCCCAAGUGAUGAAACGAAAUGCUCAAGUGGUUUUUGAAAACAAUGGAGUUAUUCGUCGUUUGGACAAUAUGGGAAUUUUACCUCUUGCUUAUCCCAUGUACAGACACAGAGAGAAACAUUACAAGGGAAGAUGGAUUAUGAUGCUCUUCGAUGGCUCACCAACUUGCCUUCAACAACUCAAUGAACAAAUUAGAAAGGACCAACAAGUGUUCCGUUGGUCCUUCUAUAAACAAAAGGAUCAAUUCAGACAAUCAUAUGAUGAACAAAUUAUUCACGGUUCUAUGUAUAAAGGAGAGGAUGUUAACUUGACUCCACAAAACACUGCAAAAUUGGAAACAAAGAAUAUUACUUCUCAAACGAUAGGUGUUCAUGAUGAUGAAUUACUCAUCCAAAGUAUUUUGAAUGAGGAGGCUGCUAAACUUACAUCGGAAUCUCAACAAGAAAAACAAUAA